AUGACUACUACAACCACCACCACUGCACCAAUGACAUCCGAUUGGAUGGAUGUCCCUCCAACGUACUCCACUCAGGCCAGUGCUGAGAAGCAGCGCAUGGACUUCAUAUAUCACUCAGAUAGCCUCGCUGGGCAAGAUGGGUAUAGGAUGAUCGCCCGCAAGCACAAUGUAACUGAUGGCUCUGUCAAAGUUGCUAUCAAAAGGAUGAAGAAGCUGGUCGCCCUCCACGGCCCACUCAACAUCUGCACAGUGGCUCAUUGUGGAACGCUGACAAAGUGUUGGACCUACUGCAGCAAACAUCUACGUGAGUGCUACUCACUCGAGGUGAAGACGAGCAACAUCCUACACGCCGGCCUCGGUCUCUUUGCCAUACAUUAUAACGAGACUCCUCGACCCGCAAAUAACUACGUCGGUGGCCUCAACAAGAAGCCCAAAAAGAGUCCAGUGUUUGAGAAGGGAGCACACAUAAUCAUGUACACUGGCCACAAUCUGACACCCACUGAGCACAAAGUAAUGAAGGACGAGUUGAAACAGGUUGGCAAGCAGCCUGAGUACACUUUGGAGAUACCAAGUGCCAAAGACAGGCCCAGUGUGUACGUCGAUGCAAGUGAUAUGUUGCUAUCAUCUGUGUCUAGGUUCAUCAACUGCCCGACACCAGGCCCACGUGGGGGUGCAGGCCAACCAGCCGCCAACGUCCAAUUCAUGACAACAGGCAUGGUCCGAGCAAUUUGCAAUAUCCAUGAUGGUGAUGAGCUCAUUGUUAACUAUGGCGAAAAGUAUGUAGUGUCGCCAUCAACAUCAACACUACCAUCACCGAUACAAUCCCCACGAGCGACCGAAGAAUGUCUGGGUGUGCCUAUGAUAGGUAGUGUCGCUGAUACUGUAGACAUGGAGAAAGAGGAAAUGUCAAUGUACGAAUCGUCAACAUCGACCACGACCACAUCGAGUGACAGCGACCAGAAGAGGUCUGAAGAAGAAUCGAAUUCCUUUAUCUUUCGUCCAAUAUACCUCAACACCAUCUGCCUCAGCGCCGAUACAAGAUCUAGCAGCGCAAUCGUAAAGACAGAUGAGGUUCCCGUGGACCUGGCAUCCCUUAGGGGUGUCAUUGGCACUGGUGGGGAUUCUGGAUAUAUUGGCACCACUGUUAUGGCUCACUAUAUCCAAGCAUUGAUGUAUCAUUGUUACAUACGGCCUGCUCAGAUCACUAUAGCAAACAAGCCUCAACUUCCCAUCAUCAUCCACGACCCAACGACAUGCGUACGUCUUUUGGAUCCAACCAUACAUAGUGCCACAGUAUCAUACGGUGUGGAACCGCAGUCAUAUCUUCACGUGGACACUUUGGCAACUGAUAUUCCUACAUCAUUAUCCAAGUACAUGCGCUUGGACGAACUUGAUGUCCUGUGCUCCAAUAAGUUGCAUCAUUGGCCAACCAAGAACAAUGGAUUGAACUGUGGCCCAGCAACUCUGUACACAAUCGAGUUGCUCUCAAUGCAUUGA